UGCACUUCUAGUUGUACCUUUUCUAUAUUAACCUCUUGCCUUGCAUUAAAGCUUCCAUUCAGAACCUACCUCUGAGUUUCCUUCCAGUCUCCAUUAAUUCAACAUUUCUUGUGUUAUAUAUCACCAUGGAACAUGCUCAAUACUGGCUGUGGAUGAAGAGGAAACAACUCUUGAAGUCACAGCUGCCAGCAUCAAUGAAAUCCAUCAGUGGUUCGUGGGAAGAGAAAGCUUUUGCAGAAGAUUCAUCUGGGCAUCUUGGUGGAUGCAUCUGGCCGCCAAGAUCUUAUUCUUGCAGUUUUUGUAACAGAGAAUUCAGGUCAGCUCAAGCCCUAGGUGGUCACAUGAAUGUUCAUAGGAGGGAUAGGGCUAGGCUUAAGCAAUCUCUUAGUCCUCAUAAUUAUGUUUUUCAACAUCAAAAUCAUAUCCAAAGUUCACUCAAACCAUUAGGGUCUUAUUUCCCAUCUGAUCAGGUUUGUACCUUAGAUAAUUAUGAUCUUGACCCCAAACUUUCUGUCUCUAGAGCUGCUAAUAUUGCAUCAACUCUGUCCAAUCAAGAAAAUUUAAGUGAACAUGCCUUUGUUUCUCCCCCUUCUUCUUCCUUCGUUCAAGAACAGCAAAAAGGGUAUCCUUAUCUCCAUGAUAAUUUAUCAGGCUCAGAUCAUUCUUUGUCAGUUAGACUUCAUUCAAAACCUGAAGCAGAAAGGAAUCAAGGUGAAGUGAAGGUUCCAUGCUUGAACCAUGAUAAGUUUGUUGCGACUGACUUAUUUAUGGACCUGGGUUCUGUUAUUAAUAGCCACGGUUUAUUAUCACCUGGUUCUUGUGGUGAUGAGGCAAUCAGUUGCAAAAGGCCUAGAACCAAUGUUUCAGUUCUCUCACUGUUGGUUAAGCCACGUCCAAAUGAUAGAUACAUUCUUCAAUCAGAGGCAACCGGACCUACUUCUAGCUCCAAGGAGGGCAUAGAUCUUGAACUCAGGCUUGGUGAGACACCAAAAAGAUGAAGUGGUAGCAGCGGCAGCUUUAGAGUGCAAUUGUAUGGGGUUGAAGCACAUGUUUUAAUUAGCACGAUAAGAAAGGAAAUGGUCUUUCUUGAUUUGGCACUUACUCUUUUUUCCCCUUUCUCUAGAUUUCAUGAUCUAAUGGAUGAUAGGCAGAGAACUCUUGUACUAAUAUCAAAACUAAAAGAAUAAAAAGCUUUUCCUCUACAUCUCUUUUCUGAUAUGUACUGUUUACACUUCGUUGUUUAUCAGUUCCAAUUAAUGGCAAGGAGUUUUGCCUAUGAAAAA